AUGGAAAACCGGGAGCCAGGACUUCCAGGACCGGAUGGACUUGAUGGAGAAGAAGGAGCACCGGGACCUCAGGGGAUG